AUGGCGAGAACAGAGGUCAUCCCCAACACCAAGCCGCUGGGGUCCCCCGGCUACCAGAAAGGCGUCGUCACCACCCACGUGUCUUUGGCCAUGGGGCUCGAGCCGGGGGUGGCGCCGCUGGACGCGGCCUGGGCGCACCAGCUCGUGUUCCCAGAGUCCCACUUUUUUGAGCUCCGCUACGGGCAGCAGCCCGGGUGGCCAGCGCCGCCGGGUGGCAAGAACCUCCAAUUUUUUGUCAGCGGGCGGCCUGAGUGGCAGGGCGCCCUGAAGCCAGGGGAGUGGCAGAAUUUUGCGAUCACGGUGGACUAUGAUAAGAAGAUUGUGACGCUCUACACGAGCACAGGAGGCGGCGCGCUGCAGAAGCGCGCCGAGGUGCCGCGCGUCUCCAGCACCAGUAGGAGCGACCUGCACAUCGGCGCGCUGCGGCUGCCCAUGGCCGGCGGGAGGCAGCUGCAGCGGCCGACCAGCAUUUAUUAUUCAAACUUGUGGAUUGAGGCGGGGCCGCCUUCGGGGCUGUGA